AUGGUCAACGCCAUUGUCAUCUUUGCAGCGCUCAUCGCCAGCAGCAGUGCCACCGCGGUUGCCGUCGACGCGCCAGCGAUGGGCGUUGCAGCGAAAGUGGACACCCAGACAAGCCUCAAGCAACCGCAACAGCUCCGCGAAGGCGAACAGAAGGAGUGCUUUGGGUCGAUCUGCGGCGGUGGCAUUGGCUUCGGCUGGGGUCUUGGUGGCGGAUGCGGCCUCUUCUCGCCGUUCGGGUGCGGCUGGUUCUAAGCUUAAGCGUCCAGGCUCUGGCCCACAAACAUAACUGAUGGAGCGAUCGAUUAUCGUGUCAGUAAUCAUCUAACUGCAAGAUAGUACUACAUCG